UACGUGCAGGCAGACAUGAGCGAUCCCUGGUAAAGAAAGAGGAAGUUUCCCGAUCCAUUCAAAACAAGCUCAGUCUCCUGCAGGAGCCGGCGGAGGUCACGAUGCUCCUGAAAAGCCUGUGCCUGGCCCUCCUCCUCCCAGCCCUGGUGGAGGCUCAGUAUGAGAAGUACAGCUUUAGAAGUUUCCCCCAGAAGGACAUCAUGCCGCUGGACUCCGCGUACGGCUACGCGCUGGAGCAGUACGCGGCGCAGAACUGGGCAGAGAGCAUCAAGUUCCUGGAGCUCAGCCUGCGGCUCCACCGGCUGCUGCGGGACAGCGAGGCUUUCUGCAGCCGCAACUGCAGCUCCGUCAACCGCGGCAACGACACCCUGUUCGCCGACAGCAGCCUCCGCGUCGUGCGCCACGUCCUGCUGAGGGCUGCGUGCCUUAAAAAGUGCAAAGCGGAUUUUCCGGUGUUCAGCCUCGCGUACCCACGGAGGGAUGUGCUGGAAACCUUCGAGAAAAGGAUUCCGUAUCGGUACAUUCAAUAUGCGCACUACCAGCUGAACAACCUGGAGAAGGCCGUGGCAGCGGCGCACACCUUCCUGAAGAAGAACCCCACCGACCCCCAUCUGACCAAGAACAUGAACUACUACAAGACGCUGUUCGACGUGGAGGAGUAUCUGAUCGACCACGAGGAGCAGCCGUAUGAAAGCGUCUUCCUGAAGAGUGUGACGCUCUACAACAGCGGAGACUUCAGCAGCAGCGCCCGGAACAUGGAGCAGGCCAUCGCGCAGUACUUCGAAGUGUACGGCAGCUGCUUAGCGGGCUGCGAGGGCUCCUAUGAGAUCCUGGAGUUCAAAGACUUCUAUCCCACCCUGGCAGAUCUCUUCACGGAUGUGCUGAAAUGUAAGGUCAAGUGUGAAGAGCAGCUGACACCCAACGUCGGAGGCUUCUUCGUGGAGAAGUUCGUAGCCACCAUGUAUCACUACCUCCAGUUUUCCUAUUAUAAAAUGAACGACGUGAAGAACGCCGCUCCGUGCGCAGCCAGUUACAUGCUGUUCGACGGCAAAGACCAGGUGAUGCAGCAAAAUGUAGCGUACUACCGCUUCUACCGGGAGCAGUGGGGACUGGAGGAAGCCGACUUCCAGCCUCGGCCUGAGGCUCUGAGGUAUUUUAACGAGACAAACAAGCAGAAGGAGAUGCUGGAGUUUGCACUGAACUACCUACAAACAGACGAUGAGGACGUGGUGAGUCCAGAAGAAAUGGCCGGCUCUCAGUCAGAGCAUCCUGACGGCGAGUUUGAGGGCGUGGGAGACUACGAGGAGUCCUUCCUGGCGGAGUGGUGGCAAGAACCCAAAACGAAGUGGGACACCGGAGAGGCCGUAGACUGACGUCCGUCCCGGCCUGCCGCGCAGGACGCCUCCUCUUCUGCACCUGUCUCGCCUUCCAUGACGACAAGCCGAAGGAUGCUGACCUGCCUACAGACAGAGAGACUCCCUACAGCAUGUAGCGGAAAAGCACAGCUCACAUUCGGCUCUCUGCUUUCACCGAGCUGAAGAACAAACAGACAAACUCAUCCAUCAUGUCGAUCAAGACCAGAGAUUGACAUAUUCUGUCUUGGCUGUCAUCAGCCUUUUAAAACUGUUCUUUUUCCAAUCAGUCAUUGGCCUCUACGCCACCACCUGUUAGUGACUCUACAGUUUUUAUUUACAGUUUUAUUUAAUGAAAGCUGAAUGUGCUUGGAUUUAAUGCAGGUGACCUUUAGCUUUCGAGCGAUUUCACAACCACCACUCAGGUUGUUGUUAUACUAAUUUGCUCAUCAUUAAAGUAAUAUUUUAAUAUACUUUUUUUUUUCUUUUUGUCACUUAAUGUUGGAGAUGCAGCAACCAGUUUGACUGCAGUAGUGCUGAAAUGAUUCUCUGAUUCAUUUAAGUGAUGUAUUAUGAAGAAAAUUCCCAAAGGCUGCAGGUUCCAGCUCCUCAAAUGUGAAGAUUUGCUGCUUUUUUCUGUUUUAUGUCAUAAAUUGAAUCGCUGAACUCGUCUCUUAUCGGAGGUUUAGCUUCUGGGGGCGAUGGCCGAUGUUUCAGGGCUUCUGAUGCAGCCACCAGGUAUCAGGAUAUCCGGCUAAGACUUCCUCUUCCACCCGUCGCCCAAUGUUUACAGUCCAAUUAGCAACUUGACAUUUCUGCUAACCUCCACAAACUGACAUCUGCAUGCGAACGCAGAUUUAAAAAAAAACAACUAAGAAAAUACUAAACUUUCAGCAGAAUACAGAUGAUGGGCUCUGAGAUUGCAGGUUUGCCAAUGCUUCCUGCCUCUUCUGCUCUCCACACGGACUGUUUACCUGCAUGCAACCAAAGCCCGCUCAAAUGUGAUUGGUGGACGUUGGACUCGCACUACAAAAUCUUGUCCCUUGCCUCCAGAUCCUUCAUUUAUAUGCAGAUAUCCGUCUACAGAGAUUAUAAAUGUUGUACUUCCAAGUUUUAAACCGAUGGUCAGACAAAAUAUCAAACUUGAAGACGUCAGUUUGGGCUCACUGUAUUCAUUUUUGCUUGCUAGAAAAAUGACAGCUACCUUAGUAGAUAAUAAAAAUAAAUCCCAGCAUCAGAUUGUAGUAGCUCUAAAUAAUUCAAGAAAACAAUACUGAUGUAUAGUUUUACACUACUUUGCCCUCAAGUUCUGUUUGUCUCAUGUCCACUGUGAUUUAGCAGACAGAUUAUUACUAUUUAAAAAAAAAUCAAAGCAUAACUGUCUAUUAAAACCAUGAA